UUCUAUGUACCUAAAAGGACUCUUUAGGACUUAUCAUCUAAGUUUUAAAUGGAUUGACAUCAGCACUGGUAGAUGGAUUUCUCUACCUUGGUGAAACUAUAGAUCUCUCAUGUAUAUAAAUGCAAACUAUUAGAAAUAGAGGGUAUCUUGUUGCUACCACACCUGCCAAGAAAGCAGUUGUGACUCCUGGUAAGAAGGCUUCUGUGAUCCCAGCCAAGAAAGUGGCCACUCCAGCCAAAGCUGUUCCCACAGCAGGCAAGAAGGGAGCUAAAGCAGCAGCCACCCCAGCUAAAGCAGCUGCCACUCCAGCCAAAGGGGCAAAAAAUGGAAAGAAUGCCAAGAAAGAGGAAAGUGAGUCUGAAGAAGAAGAUAGUGAAGAUGAGGAUGAUGAAGAAUUUGAGCCUCCCAAAGCCACCAAGGUGGGAGCAGCUUUGUCCAAACAGGAUUCUGAGGAGGAAGAAGAUGAUGAUGAGGAGGAGGACAGUGAGGAGGAAGAGGAAGAAGAGGAUGAUUCUGAAGAAGAAGCAAUGGAUACUACCCCUGCCAAAGGGAAGGCUGAUUCUGUGAAGGCUGCCAAAGGCGGGAAAGCCAAGGAAUCUGAGGAGGAAGAUAAUGAAGAUGAGGAGGAAGAUGAUGAUGACGAGGAAGAGGAGGAGGAGGAAGAAGAAGAGGAGGAGGAAGUGCCCAUCAAAGAAGCCCCAGGAAACAGAAAACGGAAAAAGGAAAUGGGAAACCAGAAAGCCCCUGAAGCCUAGAAACAGAAAUUGGAAGCUGAAACAUCUACAAAUUUCAAUCUCUUCUCUGGUAACCUGAACUUCAACAAAACAGCAGCUGAGCUAAAAACUGCCAUCACAGACUUCUUUUCUAAAAAGGACCUUACAAUUGUGGAUGUCUGCAUUGGUGCCACCAGGAAGUUUGGCUAUGUCGAAUUUGAAUCUGCUGAAGAUAUGGAAAAGGCUCUGGAACUCAGUGGCUCCAAAGUGCUUGGCUCUGAAAUGAAGCUAGAAAAGCAAAAGAGAACAAGAAAGACUGAGAUACUCCUUGUCAAGAACUUGCCCUAUAAAGUAACUCAGGAGGAGCUCAAGGAAGUGUUUGAAGAUGCUAUUGAGAUCAGACUGGUCUGCACCAAGGACGGGACACCCAAAGGAAUUGCUUAUGUUGAAUUCAAGACAGAAGCAUAUGUGGACAAGGCCUUAGAGGAGAAGCAGGGGACUGAGAUCGACAGCCGGGCCCUCAUUCUGGACUACACAGGGGAGAAAAGUCAAGGACAAGAGAAUGCUCGAGGGAAGAACAACUCAUGGAGUGGGAACAACAGCAAGCCCUCAGACUUGAAGACGCUGGUGCUGAACAACCUUGCCUACAGCGCCAUAGAGGAGAGUCUGCAGGAGGUGUUUGAGAAGGCCACCUCCAUCAGCCAGCCCCAGAACAACCAAGGCCGGCCCAAGGGGUAUGCAUUCAUUGAGUUUGCCUCUGUGGAGGAUGCAAAAGAAGCUUUGAAUUCUUGUAACAGCAUAGAAAUUGAGGGCCGAGCCAUCUGGCUGGAGCUAAAGGGACAAAAGACAGCAAAUGCAGCUCCCAGGGACCAACCCCACAAAACAUUGUUCGUCAAAGGUCUAUCUGAAGACACAACAGAAGAAACAUUGAAAGAUUCUUUUAAUGGCUCAGUGGGGGCCAGAAUAGUCACAGACAGGGAGACAGGAUCAUUGAAAGGGUUUGGUUUUGUGGACUUCAACUCUGAAGAGGAGGCCAAGGCUGCCAAAGAGGCCAUGGAGGAUGGGGAGAUCGAUGGAAACAAAGUCACCCUGGACUGGGCCAAGCCCAGUGGCUUUGGGGGCCGAGGAGGAGGACGUGGCAGCGGCGGACAAGGAGGCUUUGGGGGCAGAGGAGGUGGCAGAGGAGGCCGAGGGGGCUUUGGAGGCCGAGGCAGAGGAGGCAACUUUGGAGGUUGAGGUGGUUUCAGAGGAGGCAGAGGAGGAGGAGGAGGAGACAACAAGCCACAAGGGAAAAAGACAAAGUUUGAAUAG